AGCUUUGACGGACGGGUUGCUCACGGUGCUCACACCGUAGGCACUCAACUAUCUCACCUGCUACAGCGGCUGCAGCAGCACAACACAAACAUAAACAAAACAUUCUCGACCGUCAGGUACCGUGUAGAUACGGUGAAAAUGGACCUCGAAAAAAUGUGUCGGAUGUGCUCAGAGGAGAAAAGUCGACUGAGGUCCAUAUUCUACGACUACACCGAGAAGCAACUGUUGCAAAUUAUUGAAGAAAUUCUACAACUGAAAAUGGACGAAAACGAUGGACUACCAACACAGGUUUGUAAACCUUGCGCCACAAACCUGCUGAAAUUGAAGGAAAUGAUCGAUCGGUUCCGGCAAAAUGAGAAGAUGCUUCGGAAGAAGAUUUUCGGAAUAGCACAACCCGAUAGACAAGAAACAAAUAUAGCUAAACAUAUGGACGUCGAAAAGAUUGAAAUGAAUGCUGAUCAGAUUUUGAAAGAAGAACCAGAAGAUGUGAACGAAUUGCUUUCUUUAGAAAUCAAGCCAGAAUUGGAGUCGGUACUAAUUAAACUAGAUCCCAUUGAGCAGUAUGAUGUGGAACUCAUAUCAGGGGAUCAAGAAACAAACGAUAAGGCUCUUAAAAUUAGCACCGAAGAGAAUGCAAACAGUGAUGCGGAACAACCGGUAAAACCGAGGAAUCCCACCUAUCCAUCACGUCGACGAUUGCGGAGAAAUCCAAACCGGCCCAAGUUACACGACCAUAAGUGUUACAUCUGCAAGAGCGAAUCGAUGGGAUCAGCAAAGGCACUCCUGGAGCAUCUAUCCGUGCACUUGGAUUUGACGCCGUACACUUGUAGCGAAUGUGUAAUGGAAACGGUUGUUCUUAGGAAUGUACGUUCGCUGAACCUGCAUAAAAAGAUGCAUGCACAACCGAUCAAGUGCGAAUAUUGUGACCGCCGCUACAGUGAUCUGUGGGCGCGCGAAGGACACGUGAAAGCACACCAUCUUGGUGAAAGUGUACUCUGUCCUUCAACAUGUGAGCAAUGCGGAAAGGUUUGCAACUCUAUAACUGCUCUAAAGAGUCAUAUGCGAGAUCACAAAUUAAAUUUAGGAUGUAGUUACUGUGGAAAGACGUUCCAUCGACAGAACAAACUUUUCCGUCACGUAAGUCGAGUUCAUGAAAAGACCGAAAAGUAUGAGUGUAAUAUUUGCAAUCAUGUUGUUCACUCAUUGGAAAGCUACAAUGCUCAUCUGAAGAUCCACAAUGCGGAAAAAUGUUUCAGCUGCGAUCUAUGUCCAAUGACAUUUUGUACGUCAGGAAAUCUGGGUCUGCAUAAGAAGGCACAUGAAAAAAACGCCAAUUAUAAACCGCGCAAGGAUUGGACCAGCCAUUACACUGUUGUACAAGAUCAAGAAGGGGGUAAAUCAUACAGCUGCAAUCACUGUACUAGUACUUAUUCCAGCACGAUAAAUGCAAUCAUCAGUCAUGUUAAGUGCCACUUCAAAGAUCUGCAGUGCGAUCAGUGCGAUUUGAAGUUCACGAAUACACAUAAGCUGAAAACUCACUAUGUCGUCCAUACGCGGGAACGUAAUUUCAAGUGUGAAUACUGCGGAAAGGAUUUCCUCUAUCGAACACACAUGAACCAUCACAUCAAGCUAAAGCACAAGCCAAAGGAUGGAAGAGGACAGAGCGGAGUACAGGAACGAUCGUUGAGCGAUUCGUUAUUUGUUCUAGAUUCCACGGCAUUGAUCGCAAAGGGAAAAGCUGAUCGUACUUCGAAAGAUUGAAUCGUUCGUAUUUUGGAAUAUAAUUUCAAAUUAAAUAAGUAAAAUAAAAUGAAGUGGUGGUGGACAGACGAAUAACAAUCAUACACAAAAAACUGCUGAUUCCCAAUUAUAUUAUAAU